GAGGCGUCCCCCUCCAAACAACACAACCGCACCAGCACACCGCCGCCGUGCCUGCUCGGCUCAGCCCUCCCGUCUGAGCUCACGUCGGAGGAGGAGAGACGCGGCAGCGGAGGAACAUGCUGCCGCUCCGGCCGUCUCAUUAACUCAUCCACACCGAUAAAACGAGGCUGCUCAGCGGGUUACCACACACUGAACCUCCGGCAGGAUCCUCCGAGCUGCAGAAGGAGAUUUUUAUUUUUUUUAUUUUUUAAUAAAGAACUGAUUGAGGACCAGCUGGAUUUUGUGUAGCAGCCAUGGGCAGCAAGACUCUGCCAGCACCAGUCCCUCUUCACCCGUCCCUCCAGCUGGCCAACUACUCCCUCCUCCAGAGCUCCACAGGCCUCCAGCUGCCAGCAGAUCAUUUUCACAGCAUCUACAGCUUCAGCGCCCUACACGCCAUCCAUCUCCAUCAGUGGACCCUCGGCUACCCACCUUUGGCUCUGCCCCGCUGCACCAUUUCCAAGCUGCCUGCCCAGUUCUCCUCCAUGGCCUCCAUCCCCAUAUUCCCUCAUCUCUUGCAGCCCAAGCAGGGCUCAGCAGGGCUGCUGCAGAGCUCCAAGAACAAGCCCCGCUUUGACUUUGCCAACCUGGCGGCAGCAGCCACCCAGGACGAUCAUCUGAAGGCAGAGGACCUGAGCGUGACAGGUGCUGCUGCUGCCGCCGCUGCAGCACAGGCUUCAUCUCACCACUCGACCUCAGUCGGCCUGGGAUGCCUCUUGGAUGUGACCAAACUCUCCUCACCGGAGCGCAAGUCCAGCCGAGGCCGACUGCCCUCUAAGACCAAGAAAGAGUUUGUCUGCAAGUUCUGUGGCCGCCAUUUUACCAAAUCCUACAACCUUUUGAUCCACGAGAGGACGCACACGGACGAGAGGCCGUAUACCUGUGAUAUCUGCCACAAGGCCUUCAGAAGACAGGACCACCUCCGGGACCACAGGUACAUUCACUCCAAAGAAAAGCCCUUCAAGUGUCAGGAGUGCGGGAAGGGCUUCUGUCAGUCCAGGACUCUGGCUGUCCACAAAACAUUACACAUGCAGGUCAAGGAACUGAAGCCAGCCAAGAUCAAGUGAUUCACUCCCCCAGCAGGGAGGGGACGGGGACACUGGAAAAACAUGACCAAAGACAGUAACAACAGGCAAAGAACAACCAAAGACCUUUUCAUUUCAGCUGUAGAGAGAGAGAGAGAGAGAGAGAGAGAGAAAGAGAGAGAGAGAGAGAGAGAGAGAGAGAGAGAGAGAGCGAGCGAGAGACGCCUCUGUUUCCACGUGAACACUCCUCAAGGAUGAAAUAUUUUACCAGACAAUUCUUAAAGAAAUAAUACAGAAAUAAGGCUUAGUGGAGAAGUGUAUUCUUAGUUAUCAAAGCCUGAUUUGGCAGAAAACCCAGUGGAUGUGUGGAAUGUGAAAUGGACCUUAACAAAAAAAAAAAAACCCUUGUGGCUGCUCAGUGCAAAUCCUUUGCUCAGAAGCUUACAA